AUGCGUCGGUUGUUGCUCGCUGGGGCGCUGGCGAAGUUCUCCCGCAGAGUGGGCGCAAGAUGGCUAGCGUGUGCUCCAAAGGCACGUUACGCCGUCAACCGUCUCAACGAUGGCAGCUACUUUUUUUUACCAGCGCUAAAUUGCCAGGAGCGAUUUCAAUCUUCCUCGGACAAAAAGUUCCACUGUAGCGUUUGCAAAAAAGCCUUUCGCCUGGAGAUGGCGGCGAAGUUACACCUCCAACAGGCACACGGGGGUGAUGGCUCGGUGGAGGCCGGCCCAGGUCCCGGCGCUGAAACCGCCCCCACGGCUAUUCCCUCAGCGCCGCCUUCGAGCCCUAUUGAGAGGAAUUUUACGGAUGAAGAGGAACGCCGUCCUCGUCGUAUGAGGCCCACACCAAAGCCGCUUCAUCAACCCGACCGCGGGGUGCCAGAUGCUGACAUGGCAGAGCUUCUCGGUGUGUGGGACAAAAUUGGUCUUAACAGGCUGGAAGGGAGUUUUGUUCACAGCACAAUGGUGAUGAAGGUGUUUGCUGCACGCCCUGAUGUUACAGAGCAGCCUCUCUAUGAGCCUGUCACUCCUGAAGGGGAUAACCCCUUCGAGAAAAUGGAUCAAAUUGAUGCAAGGGCGGCGCCAGAGUCCUACGUCAAAGACCACGCGUUGACAGAGGUAGACCUGAAGGGUCCAUUUGCCCCUGCACCUGAUCAAACAUUAAAUCCUUUUCGUGCAGGGAAGGUGGACAAUCCGUUCGCAAAAGUCCCAACAGUGCAUCGCGAGGUGCCGAGGAUUCUCCAGCCGCAACAACAGGUGCCAAAGGAAGAGCCUGUGACGGCGCCAAUUACACCAUUUGGACAAUUGCCAAUGUUUGGCAAACAGCAGCAAACAAAGGAGACCAUUCCAGCAAAGCCAUUACAGCAGAACAUCUCUGUUCCUGGAGAAGUUGCCUCCCCCUUCACAGCGGCGGUGGCUAAUUCACCAUUUAUUGGUCAGGUGGCGUCACCCUUUACUUCUACACCUGACGCCGCCGCUACGCCUUUUGAAGCACCACCGUUUACAGUAGCAUCACCCUUUGCUGCACCUGGAAUGCAGGCAAGUUCGCCAUUUACUGCAACCGAUGCGCUUAGUCCCUUUGCUCAAAAUGCCUCAUGCCAGACCAGCGCAUUUCCUAUGGCCAUGGGUUUUUCAAAUUUGACGCCAAAUGUACAAACUGGGCAGAGGGCUCAUGUUGAGGAAAAAUGUCCUACUUGCGGGAAAAGUUUUUCCACCUUCGAUGGACUUGCCAUGCACAGCAAAGCCAAACAUGGCGUUCUUCUUGAGCGGGAAGCGAAGAAGGAUGGCAAGCAAAGGGGACGCAGUGUCCCUGAUUUACCCGCCUAUAUACCAAGUCCUGUUGAUCUUUCAUCGUCAUCACCGUUUGGAACAAAGACCGCCGUUGCUGCAUCAUGGGUAGAAACUGAGCUUAUACCCCAUGCUCAAUGUGUGAGCAACAUUACAAUUGUUGGUCGUGUGCUGGAUGUCACACAGGCGAUGGAAGGUGUAUCCCAUGUCACUGUGUUUGUUCAAGGCGAAGAGGUUGGGGAGGAAGAAACUGUAACUGUUCACUGUUCUGGCGACAUUAACAUUCAGGUUCGGGAUAGCGUGAAGCGUAAUGUUACAAUAUUUUUGACUGGAACACUGCGACUUCAUCCCGUUUACGAGGCAAGCAACAACAAGUAUUACGUGAGCCCUGUUGUGCAUGUUGCAUCGCCAACAGGGACACUAGCCGUGAUCGCAUAA